CUGACCCCGAGCAGCGAGGAAGCAGCUGCAGCCUGUUCAAUUCAUAAGAAGAUUUAAACACAUUUAAUACCGCGGGGUGUUUGUGUAGUCACAGUUUCCGUACUGCAGGCAUCGACGGAGCUGUUAAAAGUUAGACAAUAUAAAUAAAGCACACUCGGAGAGCCCAGCGACUCGGGGUUGGACACCUUCUCCAGCUAUCAUUAGGGGAAAAAUGGAGACUCUACACCCCCACUGCCUUAAAUGCAUCAAUAGAAGAUGCAUGGUGAGACCAGAGACAGGUGUUUCCUGUGACCUCAUUGGCUGUCCUCUUGUCUGUGGGGCAGUUUUUCACUCGUGCAAACUAGAGGAACAUCGUCUGCUGUGUCCCUAUGAACGCCUCCCUUGCCUCAACAGUGGGUUUGGCUGCCCUUUCACUAUUGCAAGGGUCAGGAUGGCACAACACCUUGAGACGUGUCCUGCAAGUAUAGUAUGUUGUACUAUGGAGUGGAACCGCUGGCCUGUCAGCUAUGCUGAUCGCAAGUCCUAUGAAAACUUGAGCAAAGACUUCGAUGAGGUGGAGCAGUUAGACAUGGCUUUGGCUCUGCAGGAUCAAAGGAUGCUGUUAGAGUCCCUUAAGGUCACGACCACUGUGUCGAAGAAUGGAGAUAAAGAAUUAGAUGAAAGUGAUAAAAUGGCCACAGCAUCAAGUUUACCAGAGACAGUGUUAGGUAAUGCAACAGUGGAAAUGGAGGAAGAGCCCUUUAAUGAGCUGUACAGGGCUUCAGUGGAGACGAGGAGAAAUUUAGCUGCUGCCUUGGACAUCCUCACUAAUUCCAAGGACAUUAAUGUAAUUGUUGGAAACUUAAAUGGUGAAAAGACUGAUAAGAGUGGAGCACUCCAUAAUGGAGAAAAUGGUGAUAGCCAUGGUAUUUAUGUUGCUGAAGGCGGGAAGAAUGUAGAUAUGCAAGAAAGUGACUCUGAUUCAGAGUGCGAGCUGGGAGCGGUGGGCGGAGUGGAGAGCGCUGCUAUAGACGAUGGAGAAGAAGAUGGUAUCAACUGGGUUGAAGAAAAUGAUUUUGUUGAGUUGCUUUUUGAUGAGAAGGAAGACGACAUUGAUGAACCGAUAAAUGAUUCCAACCUUGUCUGGCCAGAGAUGCCUCAGAAUUACAUGCCUGUUGUAGCACUGGAACCUCCUGUGCCUCAACAAGAACCACUUGCACCUCCAAUGCCAUUCCUACUGUCUGAUCAUGUGAGAAAUAACUUCUUGCAACACUUACCCACUGAACUCAGGUACAGGUGCCUGGAGCGUAAGCUACAGAAUGUAGAAGUGCUUAGAGGAAUAAGUAUGUUUACAUUUAAUGGACGUCGGGCCCUGCUGUCAGAUCCUUAUUUGUUUCGAGCGAAGAUGGAGGACAAGGCAGUUGACACAUCUGACCUGGAGGUAGCAGAUGACCCCAUGGGCCUCCAUGGCAUUGACCUUAUCACUGCAGCUUUGCUUUUUUGCCUUGGCGAUUCUCCAGGAGGCAGAGGAAUCUCAGACAGCAGGUUUGUUGAUGGCUACCACAUUGAUUUUGGUACGCAAACAUUCUCCUUCCCUUCUGCCAUUCUUGCAACCAACACCAUGGUGGGGGAUAUUGCUUCAGCUUCAGCCUGCGAUCACGCCAGUCCACAGCUUUCCAACCCCAGCCCCUUCCACACUCUCAGACUGGACCUAGUGCUUGAAUGUGUGGCCCGAUACCAAACCAAACAGCGCUCCAUGUUCACAUUUGUGUGUGGGCAGCUGUUCCGACGAGAUGAAUUCUCAUCUCAUUUCAAAAAUGUUCAUGGAGAUAUUCAUGCUGGACUCAAUGGCUGGAUGGAGCAGCGCUGCCCCUUGGCCUACUACGGCUGCACCUACUCCCAAAGACGAUUUUGUCCAUCUGUUCAGGGCUUCCGGAUCAUCCACGACAGGCACCUGGGUUCUUUCGGGGUGCAGCCUGGUUUGCCGUUGAAAACUGGGGACACGCGCCUAAGAAAGAACUGCCAGUUUAGCUCUCAGUGUGACCAGUUCAGCAGUCUUCCAUUUGAAGUUUUGCAGCACAUAGCAAGUUUUCUGGACAGCUUUAGCUUGUGCCAGCUCUCCAGAGUGUCCCGCAUCAUGAGAGAUGUGUGUGCCAGCCUGCUGCAGAUGCGUGGCAUGGUUGUUCUGCUGUGGGAGAAGAAACGGCGUGCUGAUGGGUCUCCCUCAUGGCAGAUCACAAACAAGGUGUGGCGAUUCAGCACAGCCUUUGGUACAGUGAACGAGUGGAAAUUUGCAAACAUCGCCAGCAUGGCUGAUCACCUCAAGAAAUGCAAAUUUAACACAAUUUCUCGUAGGGAGGAGGCGAUCCCUCUGCCAUGCAUGUGUUUCACCAGAGAGCUCACAAAGGAAGGGAGGUGUUUACGUUCAGUUCUCAAACCAGUAGCAUAAACAGUGAGGUCAUCCUUCAGACUCCUCUGGGUCCUAUAGAACUCAAAUGCACAUUUUUCCUCCAGUGUUUACAGACAUUACGACUCUUCCGGCCUCAGAAAGACAACUCCUGGUUGAACUUUACCUGUGGUUCUCUGCUACACAGUGGAAACAGUCUUCAAUCCCUCAAAUAAGACAAAGCCAGUAGUGAGCUGGCAUAUACUUCAGCUGAGGCUGACCUGCUGCAGUCACACAUCAGGACUAUAAAAAAGCAAAUUGAAGUUCUAGCGUUGUAUCUUCCUCUCUGAUAUUAAUCCUGGUGUACUGAAGUUGUAUCUUUACCUACUCUGACACUGUGUAAAUAUCGAAUGUUUUUGGUGUAGAAUUUUUAAACAAUUUUUAUAUCAAAAAGUCAGUACCGUGCUUCAUUGGUAAGAGUAGAGCCUUAACUUGAGAUACACUUGAUUUUUCUCGCCAUGAGGUCGUUCAGAACAUCUGUGAGAUUUCUCCACUGCUUCACGCUAGAACAGUUACUGCUACCUAGAACGCUUUGACAUCUUCUUUAGAUACCUACAGUGACCAUGUGUGUACUGCUUAGAACUCAGAUUUCACAGCGUUAAUUCUACAUUUUCACAUUGACCAAACGUCUGUGCUCCACUUUACAGGAUUAUUGAACUGCACCAGCAUGAGCAUGCUCACACCUUUUUUUUGGCAUGUUUUAGCAGUCACAACAGUGGUCCACCCUCAACUUUUUUUCACACUUCUGACUAAGAGGCGGCUUUGUUAGUCAGGGUACAGAGACAUGAAGCAACACUAUUUACCAGUUGAGUGUCAGUACUAUUUUUUUUUUCCUGUUUGUUUUUUAAGCCACGGUUGGCUUGUGGGUUUUUUUUUUUUUACCAGCUAUUUUGACAAGUAACCAGCAAUUAUUUAGAGGUUCUUUUCUUCAAAAAUCUAAAUGUAGCGAAGUCAAAUAAUGAAUGUACCUGGUGAAUCAUCAGUGACUGGUUAGCAGGAAGCGUGGUUUCCUUCCCCUCAGUGUCAGACCUCAACAAAUCCUGCAGGCCAGGUUCUAGGAAAAAUAACGGGCACACACUUCCCUCCUUUAAUAAGCACCAUUAACUAUGUUCAUAUUCACUAUUUAUCAUGGUUUUCAAGUUGUUUUUUUCUUUUUGGCACUACAUGUCCGCUAUUUUCACGUAUUGUUGGUGUCUCAGGGUCGUAUCAUGAAGCUUCAUCUCACCGUAGUGUAUUUGAGAAAAUUGCUGAAAAUGCCACGACAGCUGGUCAGCUGCUUUAUUAUUACAGGAUCCGUGGGGAACUGUUUCAGUAUUAUAGUGGUGUGAGUUGCAGUGCUGAAAUAACAUGGUUUUCAUGUUUAUCAGUAAGGUUUUGUUUGGUUUUUUUAAACUUAUAAAUCUUCGUGAUUGGGCUUGUUGAACAAUUUAUUUAUUUAUUUUUGUCUGAAUUAAGAAAUAUGAUGUAACAAAACUUGUAGUUCCCAUAUAUAGAAAGAAAUCUUCAAAAACUUUUUGAAACUGGUUUAAAAUGACAGACAUGUCAUUAGUUAGUGAUGAAAUAUGGGUAUGGUGUGUGUUUCUUUUUCUUUUGGAUGUAGGAAAGCCCAAGCUGUGUCAAAACUAAACUGUCUUUUUCAGUUUGUGUGAUUUCUUUUUUUUCUUCGUUUUUUUUGUACUGGUACAUCUAUUAUUAUUUUUUUUUUGUUUUAAGAAAUGCAAGUCUGCCUCUGUUAGGUCUGGAUUUGAAUUACUGAUUUGCACAUGACGGCAUGUACUGUAAAAUUUAAAUCCUAAAUUUGACAGGUUGUCUUUGUUGAAGCAGCAAGAAUGCUACUCCUUCCUGUUCUGCAUGUAAUCAGUCCAGUUACAGGCUAAUUUAUACAGUUUGUUUCUCAGGCACCACACAUUAAUAUUAGUACAUUUUAUGUCCUUUCUUAUAUUAUAGAAAGAGAGACAGAAAGAAUGAAAUCAACAAAACCUGAUGAGAUGCACUAACUCUUUGGCGUUAAAGUUGUCCGAGUGAGUUGAAUGAGGAACUGAGCAUGCAAAUCAGGCUUUUAUUCUGUGGAUGUUCAUGCAUGUAAGAGGUCUCCAGAUCACUUUUUGUUUUGCAGUCUUUGCACCUGGAGUGUAUCAGUAUUUUGGGUUAAAUUAUCACUGCUGAUGGGGGUUUUUUUUUUCUUUUGUUUUGUUUGUUUUGUUUUGUUUUUUUCACCACAGUAUGCCAACUUCAUUUGUUUGACUUUUUGUCCAUUUUAAUAAAGAGACUCUUGAGUUCUUAAA